AUGGAGUCGUCCUAUGCCAACCGGCCCGAACCGAGGCCUCAGGACAUGGUAGACUCGGCAAGGAGUUUUGCAUUUGAUGCGUUGGCAAAUGCGAUCGUCGAGCAGGACGGCAUGACGCCAUGGCAGAGUGCUAUGAAGAGGGGGCAUAGGAAAGGGAUCAGCGAAAACAUCACAUACAGCCCUUUCCACGACGAUGAUGGCGAUGAAUCCGGCAAGCUAGACACUUGGGUGGGCUUUUAUAAUCCUCGGAAGAGCGCCAGAAGGUCUCUAGGCCCCUGA